AUGGCCGACAAGCCCAAGAAGCGCCACGUCGUCCCCAUCGCCCUCGUCGUCGACCCUUCACCCGCCAGCGACUCGCUCAUCGCGCCUUACGCCCAGGCCGUCAUCUCUGCCCUGCAAGCCCUGCACCCGACGCAUCAGCUCCUCCUCACCUGCGUCACCCCGUCGUCGCACGCCUCGCCGCUCAACCCGUUCCUCCCUCCCGCCGCCUUCCUCUCGGCCCUCCCGUCGUACACUCGCCGACCAGCUCGACCCGCCUCGACCUUGUGGCGCUCGACGACGGGCCUCCUGCGCGCGAUCCGCCUCGCCCGCAGCCGCAUCGUCGAGGGCUCGCUCGCGGGCGCAGGUGGCGAGGGCCGGGGCCAGCUCCCAAAGUACGUCGUCGUCAUCUCGGCGACCGAUGUCGACAACAUGGGCGGCGACGAGGUCUGGCUCGAGGACGACGACCAGGGCGAGUCGUGGGAGUCGUUCGCAAAGAGCUUCACCAAGGGUCAACACUGCACGACGCUCUUCUCGCUCAUCUCGCUCGGGUACACGCCAAACCUCGAGACGUUCUGGAAGGAGUCGUCGGGCCGGUUCCCCGCCAACCUCAUCUACAACUCGCUCGCGCCGCCACCCAAUCCCGGCUUCUCGUUCCCCGUCCUGUCGCCCUCGCACGCCGCCUUCCUCAUCGGCUUCUACAACCAGCACGCGUCGCGCCCGGCGCCUCAGCCGCAGAGCGGCGCGCCCUCGCCUGCUGCAGCCGGCGCCAACAAGCGCACGGCCCCGCCAGAUCCGGCGGCGGCGGCCAACAAGAAGCCCAAGCCGAACCCGUCGGGCGCCGCCGUGUCGCCGCACCUCGGCAACGCCAACCUCGCCGGCGUCAAGCAGCAGCAGCCGACCCCGCCCAACCCUUCCCGAACGCCCAACCACCCUCAGCCCUCGCCUCGACUCGUCCCGAACCGCUCGCCGUCGAUGCCGACCGUCCCGGCGAACCUCACCAACGAGACGCUCCAGCAGUACAUCGCCGACAUGCAGGCCGCCGCCGCACGCUCGGGCCAGCCGCCACCGACCGCCGCCGACAUCCAGGCCGCCGCGCUCGCCGCUUAUGCCCGGGCCAACGGCUCGCGCGCGCCCGGGUCGACGGGCCCGCCCUCGGCCAACCUGCCCGUCCCGCCGCACGGCCAGCAGCAGCAGCAGCAGCAGCAGCAGACGACGCCGCGGCAGAUGACGCAGCAGCAGCUCAACGGCCUGCCGCAGAUCCCGCCUGACAUGAAGGCCAAGAUCGAGGUCCACCUCGAGACGAUCCGCAAGAAGGUCGAGCGCGGCGAGUUGACGCAGGAGCAGGCCGGGCAGCAGGUCAAGCGCCUGCAGGAGAUGGCCAACCAGCACCGGUACCAGCUCGCGCAGCAGCAGAAGGCGGCCGAGCGCAUCAACGGCGCCCUCGGCCAGGCGCAGGCGCAGGCGCAAGGGCCUCCUCAACACGGCCAGGGCCAAGGGCUCGGGCUCAACAUCCCGCUCGCGCCGGGCCUGCAGACGCCCCAGUUGGCGCCCGCGCAGCCGCUCCCGCCGCUGCAACCUCAGCCUCAGCAUCCGCCCCAGCAGCAGCAGCAGCAGCAGCAGCAGGCGCGCAAGGAGCCCGAGCGACCACGCACCGUGUGGCGAGGGCCGAUCUCGUGGGCGCUCACCGAGGUGUCGGGCACGACGGCCGAGUACACCAUGUUCUGCCAGGCCGUGCCCAUGCAGCAGAGCGCGAUCCGAGACCUCGCCGACGUCAAGUUCCCCCAGUCGUGGCGCAUCUCGUCGCUCGUCCAGAUCAAGAUGGCGGCGCUCCAGGAGCUCGCCAACAAGCACACGCUGCCGGCCAUGAGCCUGUCGGCCAUCCCGAGCGAGUCGCUCCCGGACGAGCUCCGCAAGAAGCAGCUCGCGGCGCCCGGCGGGCACGCCAACGAGGCGCUGUACGGCAUGUUUGCGCAGAGCAUGGAGAUGAGGGGCCAUUGCGGCGUCGCCCGGUUCUCUGGCACCCCGCACGGCCUCGUCCUCAUCCCGGUCCCGCAGCAGAACAAGCUCCUCGCCCUCGUCUUUACCAAGAUCCCUCUCCCCGAGGCCUGGCUGCAGGACAGCAAGGCCUCGGCGACGUCGUCGACCUCGACGCCUCACCAGCGAGCGCACUCGGCCCAGCAGCAGCAGCAGUCGGCGCCUCCUCCUCCGCCACCGCCUCUUCAGCCCGUGCGGCCCAACUCGGCCCAGUCGGGCAUGUUCUCGUCUCCGAUCCAGCCGCCGUACCAGAUGCCGCACCUGUCGCCGAGCCUCCAGGCGCAGGCCGCCCCGCCCUCGUCGUUCGCCGGCGCGCUCCCUCCCGCGCCGUUCAACGUCGGCGGCGCGCCCCUACAGCAGCAGCAGCAGCAGCAGAACUUUCAGCUGCAGCCGCCGCCCAUGCAGCAGCAGCAGCAGGCGCCGCAGCAGCAGGCGCAGCCGCAGACGUUCCCCGAGGGAGGAGUGGCCGGCAUGGACUUUGCCGAGCUGCAGCGGCUGCUCGGCGCCGAGCAGUUUGCGCAGAUCAUGAGCGGCAUCUAGACGUCGAUGGUCAGACGGCGAUGCAUCUUGAGCGCAGUGCCGCCAUG